CCUUCUAUCAAGCAACAAUAUAUAAGGGUCAUCUAUGUAAUCUGUAUCUACUAGUAAUCUGCCUAGCAUAACCGUAUAACCGCCUCUUAUUUCUCCUUUAUAUACACUGUAUAAACUUCUUGGACUGCAGUUAGUCAGUUAUGAAAUACAGCUCUCACUUUUCCCUUCCAACUUCCAAUCACAAGCUUUCCACAUGACAUUUCAUCUCUCUGCUCAUUCUGUUCGCUGAUAUGGUAUCAGAGCGUGGAAGAAGCAGCUACGCAGCCGUCGUCAUGUCUAGCACAGGAGAUUCCGGCCAAAGGACGCAUCCGUCAACACCGCCGGCCAACCGAUCACCCAAUCGCUCCACGCCGAGCAACAACCUCCAGAGAACUUUGACUCCGCAGCGGAGCAACAGAUCGGAGGACAUAGACAACCCUCUGUUUCUGAAUAGCAAUGAAAACACCAACGCUGUACUCGUCAGCCCUCCCCUCACAGGCAGCGCCAACUAUGGAACUUGGAGUGUAUCCAUGAGAGUUGCGUUGGAAGUAAAGAACAAGUGGGCCAUUGUAGAAGGCACCACAGUCGCACCGGACAGAAAUCAUGCGCAGUAUCCAGCUUGGAGGAGGUGCAAUCUCAUGAUAUGUGCGUGGAUCUACAAAGCCGUUCAUCCUUCAAUCGCGCAGAGUGUGAUGCACAUCCAAAACGCGAGAGAAGUGUGGAAUGAUCUGAAGAAACGCUUCUCUCAGCGAGACGCACAUCGGAUCUCAUCUCUGCACAUGGAGAUCCAAAAUCUGAGGCAAGGAGACAUGUCGGUUAACGACUAUUACACACGCUGCCGGAUUCUAUGGGAACAGAUGAACGAGCUCAGGCCAUUGCCGAUCUGUAGAUGUGUUCCUCAAUGCUCAUGUAACGCAUUUGAUGAAAUCAGGAACGAGAAGGAGGUCGAUCAGAUCAUCAGGUUCUUGCAAGGAUUGAAUGAAGAAUACAACUCACUGAAGUCCGGAAUCUUAGUUCUGGAUCCUAUGCCUGACCUGCACAAAGUAUUGGUUAUGGCAGAGAAAUUUGAGAGACAAUUGAAGAUCGAGAGUCUGAGCCUAGGCCAUAUUGAGGUAAAUCAUGCUAACGCCGUCCAAACUAAUCCUACAGAUGAUCAGGAAGUGGUGGCUGCUGUUGGAUACAACAGUAAUCGAAGGAAUAAUGGCUUUGGAACUGGGAACAAGUCUGCAAAAUGUACCUAUUGCGGUAUGACGGGGCACACAAUUGAGAAGUGCUACAAAAAGCACGGUUACCCCCCCCCCCCCCCCGGCUGGGUACCGGGAUUCAAAUCAAGGGGCAAACAGCAAGCCACGGCGGCGGUCUCUACCCUCAAUGAGCCUAACACCAACGAACAGCUUCAGAAACUUAUCUCCCUUCUACAGGUCCAAAUAGGACAGAAUCAUCCAACUUCAGCUGCCGUUACUCUCACAAAAUCAUCACCUGAUGAAGUGUCUUCUUCGAAGCAACCAUGGGAAGCCGAUUGGUUUUGCUAAGGAAGGGAGUGGCCUAUAUCUGCUCACUGAGGCACCUGAAGUACAGAUUUCUGUCCAAGAUCGAUAUAUCAUGUCAUGUAGUAAUGAAGUAUGGCAUAAAAGAUUAGGACAUUUUCCUUUCAAUAAAAUGCAUUUACUUGCUGAUAUUAGUGUUUCCCAUUCCAAGAAAGUAGCAUGUGAUAUUUGUCACUUUGCAAAGCAUAAGAAAUCCCCUUUUCCUGUAAGCAGCACUAUGUCAAAGACUUGUUUUGAGUUGAUUCAUGUUGACAUCUGGGGACCCUUUGCAGUUCAAUCUUUGAAAGGGGAAAGAUAUUUUCUGACAA